UCUCUUGCUUCCUUCUACUUGGGAACCAGGUGCACCUGCAACCUCAAGCCAUGUCCUGCAACACCCAGUGCCGUCCCUGCCAGCCCUGUGGUCCCACCCCGCUGGCCAACAGCUGCAAUGAGUGCUGUGUCAGGCAGUGCCAGGACUCCACCGUUGUCAUUGAACCGCCUGCUGUGGUGGUGACCCUGCCCGGCCCCAUCCUCAGCUCCUUCCCCCAGAACACUGUUGUGGGAUCCUCCACCUCUGCUGCUGUUGGCAACAUCCUGAGCUGUGAUGGAGUGCCCAUCAACUCUGGGGGCUUUGACCUCUCCUGCAUCACCAGGCGCUACGGUGGAAGGAGGGGCCUCCCUUGCUAA